UAUUGUAUUUCACAUUUUCAAUAACAAAACAAAUAUAAAACAAUAAAUAAAUAUAUUAAAAUAUAUUUAUGAAGGAUUUAGUUUGAGUGAAGUGAUCGAAAAAAAUUAUUAAAAAAUAGCAAUAACAUAAACUUUUAAUGUUUCACAACGAUCCCGGCUGAUCAUCCACUGCCAUCGGCUACCACCGUUGGAUACUCCGUAGUCCAAAACUUUCUAUUUGUAUUUAAAAUAACAUAAGUAUUUUUAUUUAAUCGAUGACGGUUGCUAUACAUCGUUCAAUCAAUGAAUUUAAUCUAGAAUACCUAUGUCUUUAGGCUGAAGAAUAUAAAGCUGAUGUACCCACGGUAGCGCGAAUCCGUAUCGAUAUUUGUUCCCGGACGAACGAACGGGAAACCAUAGCGACCGGAGAAGCGUAGCCUACAGCCAAAGGCGACCAACGUGUGCACUCAGCCUUACCUUUCCCAUCCUAUCCGUGAUGUAUGCAACCGUUUGAUCAGUAAUGAGCCAUUUCUUAGGUAGGGACGUAGGGACAGAUAGGGAUCUUUAAACCAAAGUUUGGCAAUCGCACUAUUUAGUGAUAAAUUAAAAAAAAACUAUGAAACUCGCUAAAUAUAUGAUUGCUAAAUAUUGGAUUAUAUUUAGCUAAGCACAAGAAAGAUGGUCAUAAACUGAAGAAAACCCUUCGUUCUCAGGUGAGACGUUGAAUGGACAGCGUCUAAUCGAGUUCCGGCUAGGCCACGAAGUGGAGUCGGAACAGGGACUGUCGAUAGCGACUGCGGAGCUAAUGGUCCGCGCGGAAGCUGCGCCGCGCGCGUCGCGCCGCCUGCGGUACACGUUGUGGGCGUUCACCGUCCACGGGAACACGAGCGUCGGCGAACUGGCCGGCGCUACGGAUGCAGGAGGUGGUAGAAACGGUGGACGAGGAUGGCAACGCGUGGACGUGACGAGUGCGGCGCGGCGCUGGGCGGCGGAGGGCGCGCGCGAGCCGCUGCGGUUGCUGGUCGACUGCAGCGGCUGCGCGGGCCGCGUGCGGCUGCGGCUGGGCGGCGCGGCGGCGGCGCGGCCCCUUCUGCGGCUGCGGGUGGCCGCACGCGCGCCGCGCCGCCGCCGCGCGUUGGACUGCGACGCCGCCGCGCGCGGCCGCUGUUGCCGCGAGACCUACUACGUGAGCUUCCGCGCGCUCGGCUGGGACGACUGGAUCGUCGCGCCCGAGGGCUACUACGCUAAUUACUGCCACGGCGUGUGCGAGCCCUACCUCAACUACCACUCGCAGGUGGUAGAGGCGGCGCGGCUGCACCGCGCGGCGUGCUGCGCGCCGGUGCGCUUCUCCGCGCUGUCGCUCAUCUACUUCGGCGCCGACUCCAACAUCAUCAAACGCGACCUGCCAGAGAUGGUGGUCGAGGAGUGCGACUGCCCAUAGCGGCGCUGUACAUAGCCUCCCCCCAUCGAGCCGCGCCCCGCCGUCUCCCGCCUCUCCCCGCUUACGCCGCUCGAAUCCGAUUUAAUCCGAAUCGAUUAUAAAUAAUAUUCUCGACUUGUGUAAUUUUGUUCCUCGCGUUCGAAAGACUAUAUCCUAAUAAAAAAUAAAUACGAAUCGACUGCGCCCGUUUCGCGCUGCGACUGCGCCGCGCUCUGAGACGUUUGCGACGAUCCGGCGCGACGCGGCGCGCGUGCGUCCGCGCGGCCCGCCGCGCGCGAACUGCCAAACACCGCGCGGCCGCACGCGCACCGCGCGGCUGCGACCCGCGCCGCACGUCGCCGCGCGAUCCGUGCGUAGGCGGCCUAACUAAUUUAAUACGCCGUUUUCUUUCACCCCGUUUGGUGAUCGCUUGUAAUUAUUGUAAACUGUAUUAUAAUAAUUAUUAUAAUUAUAAUAAUAAAAUAAUAAAUCAACUUUUUCAUAAUUAUUA